CUGGAGGGAGGGAGGCGUGAAGAGAGCGAGGGAGGCUGCUGGAGGGAGCCUCCGCCUCCGCUGCACCAGCCCGCUCGGGUCCCAGCGGAGACCAUGGGGAGCUCCGAGCGGGGAUCGCGCUCUGCUCCCGCGCCCAGCCUCCUGCAGCCGUGAAAAGCCGAGUCGGGACUCCCCCCCACCCCCAGAGCUGCGGGGAGGAUGACUAUGGCUGGGGGCAGAAGGGGGCUGGUUGCCCCUCAGAACACGUUUCUCGAGAACAUUGUCCGGAGGUCCAAUGAUACCAACUUUGUGCUGGGCAACGCUCAGAUAGUGGACUGGCCCAUCGUCUACAGCAAUGAUGGAUUUUGCAAGUUAUCAGGAUACCACAGGGCGGAAGUCAUGCAAAAAAGCAGUACCUGCAGUUUUAUGUAUGGGGAGCUGACAGACAAAGAUACAAUUGAGAAGGUGCGGCAGACAUUUGAGAAUUAUGAAAUGAACUCUUUUGAAAUCCUGAUGUACAAAAAGAACAGGACACCUGUGUGGUUCUUUGUGAAAAUCGCUCCAAUUCGAAACGAACAGGAUAAAGUGGUUCUAUUUCUUUGCACUUUCAGUGACAUAACAGCUUUCAAACAGCCAAUUGAGGAUGAUUCAUGUAAAGGUUGGGGAAAAUUUGCCCGGCUAACUAGAGCACUGACAAGCAGCAGGGGGGUCCUGCAGCAGUUGGCUCCCAGCGUGCAGAAGGGUGAAAAUGUCCACAAGCAUUCCCGCCUGGCUGAGGUCUUGCAGCUGGGUUCAGACAUUCUUCCCCAGUACAAGCAGGAGGCACCUAAGACUCCCCCUCACAUCAUCUUACAUUAUUGUGUUUUCAAGACCACCUGGGAUUGGAUCAUCUUGAUCUUAACUUUCUACACUGCCAUUUUGGUCCCUUACAAUGUCUCUUUUAAAACAAGGCAGAACAACGUGGCCUGGCUGGUUGUGGACAGUAUUGUGGAUGUCAUCUUCCUGGUGGACAUUGUGCUUAAUUUUCAUACUACCUUUGUUGGACCAGCUGGGGAGGUGAUCUCUGACCCCAAACUCAUCCGAAUGAAUUACCUGAAGACCUGGUUUGUGAUUGACUUGCUAUCCUGUUUGCCAUAUGAUGUCAUCAAUGCAUUUGAGAACGUGGAUGAGGGAAUCAGCAGCCUGUUUAGCUCACUGAAAGUUGUCCGACUCCUACGCCUGGGACGAGUGGCCCGCAAGUUGGAUCACUACAUUGAGUAUGGAGCUGCGGUCCUUGUCCUGCUGGUGUGUGUGUUUGGAUUGGCGGCCCACUGGAUGGCCUGUAUCUGGUACAGCAUCGGGGACUAUGAGAUCUUUGACGAGGACACAAAAAUGAUCCGUAACAACAGCUGGCUCUACCAGCUGGCUAUGGAUGCUGGGACGCCUUACCAGUUCAAUGUGUCUGGCCUGGGGAAGUGGGAAGGUGGCCCAAGUAAGAAUUCUGUCUACAUCUCUUCCUUGUAUUUCACCAUGACCAGCCUCACCAGCGUGGGGUUCGGGAACAUUGCCCCCUCCACAGACAUAGAGAAGAUCUUUGCAGUCGCUAUAAUGAUGAUUGGCUCCCUCCUGUAUGCCACCAUUUUUGGGAAUGUGACCACCAUUUUCCAGCAGAUGUAUGCUAACACCAACAGGUACCAUGAGAUGCUCAACAGUGUUCGGGAUUUCCUGAAGCUCUACCAGGUGCCAAAGGGACUCAGUGAACGAGUCAUGGAUUACAUUGUGUCCACUUGGUCCAUGUCCAGAGGCAUUGACACUGAGAAGGUUCUCCAGAUAUGCCCCAAGGACAUGCGGGCUGAUAUCUGUGUGCACCUAAAUCGCAAGGUGUUCAAGGAGCAUCCAGCAUUCCGGCUCGCCAGCGAUGGCUGCCUACGGGCACUGGCCAUGGAAUUCCAGACGGUUCAUUGCGCCCCUGGCGACCUCAUCUACCAUGCUGGCGAGAGUGUUGACAGCCUGUGCUUUGUGGUUUCAGGUUCUUUGGAAGUGAUUCAGGAUGAUGAGGUGGUAGCCAUUUUGGGAAAAGGAGAUGUGUUUGGAGAUGUGUUCUGGAAGGAAGCCACGCUUGCCCAGUCCUGUGCCAAUGUCAGGGCCUUAACCUACUGUGACCUGCAUGUGAUUAAGCGGGAUGCCCUGCAGAAAGUGCUAGAAUUCUACACAGCCUUCUCUCACUCCUUCUCGAGAAACCUCAUCCUCACAUACAAUCUGAGGAAAAGGAUUGUGUUUCGGAAGAUCAGCGAUGUGAAGAGGGAAGAAGAAGAGAGAAUGAAACGGAAGAAUGAGGCCCCCCUGAUCCUGCCCCCAGACCAUCCUGUCCGGAGGCUCUUCCAAAGAUUCCGGCAGCAGAAGGAAGCCAGACUGGCAGCAGAGAGGGGAGGCCGGGAUCUGGAUGACCUGGAUGUGGAGAAGGGCAAUAUUCUUUCAGAGCAUUCCUCUGCCAACCACACAGUGGUAAAGGCCAGUAUCGUUACUGUCCGGGAAAGCCCGGCCACCCCUGUCUCUUUCCAGUCAGCGUCUACCUCAGGGGUGUCAGACCAUGCCAAGCUACAUGCCCCUGUGUCUGAGGGCCUGGGCCCCAAGGGGGGUGGGGGGGACUGUCCCCGACGCAAAGGUUGGGCUCGUUUCAAAGAUGCCUGUGGAAAGGGGGAGGACUGGAACAAAGUCUCUAAGGCCGAGUCGAUGGAGACUCUCCCCGAGAGGACAAAGACACCUGGGGAGGCCACACUGAAGAAGACAGACUCUUGUGAUAGUGGCAUCACCAAAAGUGACUUGCGCUUGGACAAUGUUGGUGAGACCAGGAGUCCUCAGGACCGCAGCCCUAUCCUUGCAGAGGUCAAGCAUUCCUUCUACCCCAUCCCUGAGCAGACUCUUCAGGCCACCAUGUUGGAGGUGAAGCAUGAGCUAAAAGAGGACAUUAAGGCCUUGAACAACAAAAUGGCAAACAUUGAAAAACAGCUCUCUGAGAUACUAAGGAUAUUGACUUCCAGAAGAUCUUCUCAGUCCCCCCAGGAGCUGUUUGAAAUAUCGAGGCCCCAGUCCCCAGAAUCAGAGAGAGACAUUUUUGGAGCAAGCUGAGAGGCCCAUUUAUUUAAAAAUGAAAAUAAAAGAAUAAACAUUGCAAACCCUCUUCCAGAAACACAUGCAUAGAGCUAACAUUUUCUUCUCAAAAUAAGAUUUUCUCAUUGAUGGAAAAUCAGUGAGGGACCAGUCGAUCCAGCAUGCUCCCCACUCUCUGGACAAAGAGGAAUUUGCCACCACCCUGCAAGAUGGCACUUGUGCUGGAAGUGUCUUAGCACAAAUUUGGAAGAGGGGAUACACUGUUCAAAGAGUAUUUUCCUUAUCUCCUCAGUUCGGACAUUUUUUUUUAACUUCCAUAAUAUUUGUAAAAAAGAAAUAUAGAGGAAAAAAAAAAGAACCCAUCAGCCUUUUGAGGAUUGAGGCGGGUGGGCUGGGAAUGUGUUCACAACCAUGUGACCUUCAGCUCCUUUGCCAAGUCCCUAAAGACUCUGGAGGGUGUGAGAAUCACUAGCACCCUCCUGCUGGGCUGCCUUCCUGUACAUUUGUACAGCCAGUAUCCAGUGUCAUAGUAUAUUUUCAUAUCGUAAGAAUCAUUUGUAACAAGCAUGGGGGAAAGGACGGAACAGAUGGGAGGGCAGAACUCCUUUUAUCCUCUCAUCUGUCACAAUCAGGACCAAAAGACAGAUGCAGGUGUUGUGCCUCCCACCAAAGGUUAGAAUCAUGAAGCCCUGGGGAUUUGCCAGAGGGCAUGAAACCCAGUGGGUGACUCCAGGAUAUAUGCAGGCCCUAGCCCUCUCUCUUGGUCUGCAACCAGUGACUUAGAUUUUUAUGUGUCCCCAAGGCUGCUGAAUGUCUGCAUAGAACCCUGAUCUCUCAUUCCAAAAGAGUUAAGAGCUGAGCCAGUUAUCUGGAGGGAGAGAGAUAGAGUCUCCUUACCCAGGAUCAUUAGCAGGCCAUUUUUUUUUCUGGAGAUCUCACAUGGACACUGAGUACCUCUAAGUGAUUCCAGGCUCCUGAUUGACUCCUAUCUCCAGGUGCAGUUCUUUACCUUUUGGACAAUAUAUAUAUAUAUACAUAUAUACAACCCAACAGAAAGGGAAUGCCUGUGUAACAUUCCUUGGGGUAUAUUGGAGAUGAAAAAAGCAUCAGGAACCCAGAUUUGACUUUUUUAAGAAUGAUAAUAUUUUGUGGCAUGUAUGUUAUGUUUUUGUUAUAAUUCUCAAUAGAAUUGGCCUUUGCUUUACCUUUGUUCUCAGCCAGAAAUCAUUGUGGGACACUUACAAGUCCCCCAGUUGCUAUCUCAUAAACAGAAAUCCUUAGGUUGACUUGUAAGAGCUGUUCAAAAAUGGAAUGGAGUACCACAUUAAGUAAUGAGUUCCUCAACACUGAAGGAAUUCAAACAAAAGCUGAAUGACCGCCAUUUGAAGAUAGAAAGGGGGAUGCCUUCCCCGGGCUCCCCAAAUGGACUGAGUUCAGAACUGGAGGUCAUUGUGGGACACAUUUUGGAAAAGCCAAACCUUUUGUGUCAUAUACUCUCAACAUUAGAAAUAGUAUCAGAAAGCAAAGAGGGGAAGGGGGUUCAAGGAUUAUGUUUUCACUUUCAGCUGGAAAAGAUAAAAGGAACCAGCAUUUCAGGAACAAGAGUGUUUGAGAUCUGGCUCAGCCUAUGGUCCAAACAGGGCCCCAUAUCCAGGCCCAUAUAUUAAUGAUCAAUGCAGGAAGGCCCUACCCCAGCCAACAGUUGUGAUCCUUAUCCCAUGAUGCUUGGGGGCUUUCCAAUGCAACCGGAGUUACUUCCCUAAAUAUUGGUUUCCUCCAGCAAUAUUUUGGGAUGAAGGGUAAAGAAGGGAGAGGGAAGUAUCAGUCUGUUGGACCCACAGAUGAUUCUGGAAUAUGCAAACCUCUGACGCAAGGUAAAGUUGGCUUGAAGUGUGCCCUACGCAAAGGCAGCAGGGACCCAAAAAGAGACUAGAUGUUAGAGUUCAGUGCUGAGAGCUUAGCAUUAGAAAGCCCAGGAUUAGAAAUGCAGCUGCAUCUUAAGCAUUCCAAGCCUGUCAGUGUCACUUGAGAAUUCCUGCUCCAAGUUUUAAUGAAAAGCAUCUUCUUGCACGGACUCUGUAGUAGGGAACGUGACCGCAGAGCCGCUACCUUUUGCUUAUGCUAAUUAACAUCGUGAAAUCAAUCGUCCUUAGGACUCUGAGGCUAUGGUGAGCUGAUGUGCUAAAGCACACAGUGCUUCUGAAAACUUGCUACCAGGUCCUACUCUCCCUAUCUUUACUCUGCAUCCACAGGAAGCACAAAUGGGCAGUUGGGUGGCCUUGGCCUUCCAGUUGCUCCCAUGAGCCAUCACUGUCAGGCUCUCUCUCCCAUUCCCCUAAGAAACUAGGCCUCAGAGUCCAAGGUUGUAAUCAUUCCCCUGAUGAUGUCAACGCAUGAAAAGCUUUCAUUUGAGGAUGAUGCAAUAACUCGCUCUAAAGUUGACUCCAUGGUGUUACUUAAGUCAUGGACAAAAUCCCGUCUGAUGAGGAGUAUCAUUUCAUUUCUGUGAGGACAGAUGCCAGUGCUUUGUAAAUUUGAUUAAAGCUUUGGAGAAAGUUAUGUCCUCCUACUUCCCAUACCAUCCUCCUACUAACUUGACAGAUUUGGGUUUUUUUUUGUCUCCCUGGUGCUUAAGCAGUCUAUCAACAAGCAUUUAUUAAGCACCUUUUAAGUGCCAGAAACUAUGCUCAACACUAAGGAUAAAAAGGCAAAAAUGAAACAAUCCGGCCUCCAUUCUAAUUCUCCAUUCAUUCCAGUGCACCGUGCUGUAGAGGAAAGUGAGCAGAGCACACCAAUAUCUACAUCUCCCAUGUUACAGAAAUCUCUACAUGCUUUGGUCUUUUUUUUUUCUCUUAGAAAUAAUGAGGGGAAAUGCUGUAAACUGUCUCUGAAACAUCAUGUCCCACCUUUUCUUAAGCAAGUCAUGUUGCAUGAGGAAGGAAACUGCUACGUCUACUUCCAGGAAGUGUCUGAUUCUAGAGACAAUGCUUGCCAACUGCCAGCUCGAUAUUUCUUCCUUCUUUUUAACACACUCCAAAGAUCAGGCCAGAAGCAGUGUUGAGCCAGCAGGUCUAGCAAUGUGCCGGCCAAUAGAAUUAUUCUUCCCCCUUCUUCCUCUUUUAGUUCCUUCACCUGAGAGGCAGCAUGAUAUAUUGGAAAGUGUA